UUCUCAUACCGAAACCAAAGCUCAGAAGCGCAGUCGCAUCAAUGCGUGUUAACAUUUCAAGUAUCAGAUGAAUUGUUUACGGACAUGAAGCGAGUUUCAUUGGUAUUCUUGGGCUUGCUUUUGCUGUCGGCAUGUGCAGCCGGCGGGUCCGGAAGGACGCUGGGGCGGAGACUUGGAAACUCUGGACCACAAUUAGAGCAUAGACGACAAAGGUCCCUUAGAUGGCAAGGAGACUUGCUGGGCAACUUUGACCAGGACCCAGCGGAUGAGCGACCUGAGGACGAGGCAUCCAAGGCGGCCGCCGCCGCCGCGCGGCCACUCAUGACCAAGGCCAAGGUCAAGGAGCUGCAGGACCACGCCCACUUCUUCGGCGCGGCUGAGGCGCUCACACGAUGGACUGAGUCCACCUUCGCGCUCAGCGCCCUGGCGCAUGCGGCCCUGACCAAGCAGCCCGAGGGGGUGGGCUCGGCGUGUGUGCACGACGGCAAGCGCUGCCUGCUGAACCCAGGGGUGGUGAGCGGGGCCGGCUUCCCGGCGCCACAGCUGCCAGCAGAGAAGAUCAUCCACCGCUUUGCCAGGGAGGCGUCCGUUUGUCGCGCCUCGACCGACCGCGCCGCAUGCCACCUGGACAGCAACUGCGACUGGGACGACCGCACGGGCGCCUGCUUUCUGGCGCACGACCCACAUUCGGACUUCACGACGGUCAUCUCCAUGUGCCGGGACAUGAUCUACACGCCCGCCGCCAAGGCGUGCUGGCGGCGCCGCCCCGACGCGGGCGCGUGGAGGCCGUGCGGCGAGACGGGGUGCAAACUGUUUCCCAAGGGGUCGGAGGUGGGGCCCGGCAGCGCCACUGCCGAGGACCGUUGCCUGCCUGACGCGCCGGCCAAGAUGCAACAGAAGGACCUGUACAACAUGCUGAAGCGGCUGUACGGGGAGGCGUACGGGGUGGACGACCCGCCCGUGACGCUCGCGGUCACACUCGCCAACGGCACCGAGGUCAUCACCACGGCGCCGGCGGCGGGCGCGACGGGCUUCGGCGCCGCGGCGCUGCAGGAGGGGCACGAGUUCGCGCGGGAGGGCUUCGGCAGCUGCGACACCGCCGCACUCCACCACGGCUUCGCCACCAGUUGCAGGUGGCGCAGGAAGUCGCACUCGGAAGCGCAGGAGGCCUGUGAGAAGGACAACAGGUGCCACUGGCUGCAGCAGGGCGGCGUGCGCGGGCACCACUGCGUGCUGGCCCGCACCACGGUGGUCCAGCUGCUGCUGGGGAACAGCAGCUUCACACGGGCCGCAGUGCAGGCUGAGGCCGCCUGCACGGCUGCGGCGGGCUCGCGGGAUGCCUGCCUGGCUGUGAAGCUGGAUCUGCGGGCGGGCGGCAGCUCCUAGCGUCCUGGGAGUGCACACACACACACACACACACACACACACACACACACACACACACACACACACACACACAUUGCGGCUGGCACUUGGCAACUGCUGCGUCCUGGGUGAUAGUCGAUGUGUGGGUUGUGGGACGGCCGAAGCAGGAUGCUGCAGAGCGGCGGGUAGAUAGAUGCGGUAGCAGGCAAGCGGUAGAGAGGCAGAAAUGUGCACGGACGGAAGAUGGUCAGCAUCCGGCCCCUCGCUUCCACAGGGAUUGAUCCCCACGUGCGAAACAUGGAAAAGCUGAAACCGUGAGCUGAAUCGGGUUCACCCGCUGCUGGACGGCGGCAUAUGCAUCUUGCGCGGGCCCUCUCUGGUCGCAAACUGCAGAAGGGAUGCGCAGGAUGGAGUGUGUGGUCAAGUGUGUGGUGCGGAGCGCUGAAAGCCUGAAAGCCUGGACAAAGGCGCGCUGAAGUGAGGCUCGUGUAAUUGCUGGGCGCA